GCCCCGCCCGCCGUGCUGCGGGUGCUGCGGGGCCACAGCCGCGGCGUCUCCGACUUCGCCUGGUCCCUCUCCAACGACGUGCUGGUCUCCACCUCGCUGGACGGCACCAUGCGCAUCUGGGCUGCCGGCGAGGGCAAGUGCAUCCGCCAGAUCCCCGACCCCGACGGCGCCGAGCUGCUCUGCUGCGUCUUCCAGCCCAUGAACAACAACCUCACCGUGGUGGGGAACGGGAAGCACAACCUGCACGUGGUGAACAUCUCGACGGGGAAGAAGGUGAAGGGCGGGUCGAGCAAGCUGACGGGCCGAGUGCUGGCGCUCUCCUUCGAUGCCCCCGGCCGCCUGCUCUGGGCCGGCGACGACCGCGGCAGUGUCUUCUCCUUCCUCUUCGACAUGGCCACGGGGAAGCUGACCAAGGCCAAGCGACUGGUGGUGCAGGAGGGCAGCUCCAUCACCAGCAUCUCGGCCCGCUCCUGGGUCAGCCGGGAGGCCCGCGACCCCUCGCUGCUCAUCAACGCCUGCCUCAACAAGCUGCUGCUAUACCGGGUGGUGGACAACGAGGGGACCCUGCAGCUGAAGAGGAGUUUCCAGAUCCAGCAGGGCUCCCACCCUGUGCGCAGCAUCUUCUGCCCCCUCAUGUCCUUCCGCCAGGGGGCCUGCGUGGUGACAGGCAGCGAGGACAUGUGCGUCUACUUCUUCGACGUGGAGCGCGCCAGCCGGGCCAUUGUGAACAAACUGCAGGGGCACAGUGCCGCCGUGCUGGGCGUCAGCUUCAACUGCGAUGAGAGCCUGCUGGCCUCCAGCGACGCCAAGGGCAUGGUCAUCGUCUGGCGCCGCGAGCAGAAAUAGGGCUCUCUGGCCCUGGCGGCUGAGGGGCCUGGGUGCCCUCUGACUCCAUGUAACCCUUUGUGGUCCUUGCCCCCCGUCAUGUCUUCUCCCUGGGGGUGGGGCCCCCCAUGCUUCACUCGCUUCCUCCCUCCUGUGAGCCAGGAUGCCUGGGUUCUCUUUCUGGCUUUGGCUGGUGGGGAGCCUCAGGCUGCUGGUGUGACUGGGGCAGGACCCAGAGCUGCUGGCCCCCCUGCUGACAAGGGGUUACAUUAUUUCCCCGGGGGGAAUGUUACAGGGACAGGUUGCCAUCAGUGGGCAGGUUGACCUACACCCCUGGUUGACGCUGCUGGCUCUGCCCAGAUCCCUGGGGUGGGGGGCUAUGCACAUGCCCCCCUACCCCAGCCGUAGCCACAGACAGAUGCAGCCUCUCGCAGUCAGUUCCCUGGGGCUGCCCUCACUCCCCUGGGGUAUGCUGCUGGCAUGUCCCUUUGGGUCAUGGCUCCCACAGAGCCUCCGGCCUAGACAGCAGGACACCUGGGUUCCAUGCCUGGGUCUAAGUCCCUCUGCCUCAGUUUCCCCAUCAGUAGUAGAGGGCAAACGAUACUAACAGGACGUGAGAGCCGCUGCUGGAAAGCGCUAGCAGAGGCUAAGCAUUAUUAGGGGCUCCUUCCUCUGCCUUGGUGACUGGUGCCUUCUGCUGUCCCGUUCUCCCCCCUCUCCCCCCCCGACUCGAUACCCCACAGGUCCCAGCCUCCAGAAGGCCAGGUUCUCGGAGGGGUGGAUUUAGGCAGCUGAGGUUCCUGCCCUGACCUGUGCCAGCGGUGCUGGAGAAGGGUUCCCAUUCUGAUGCCAGCAUGGGAGGGAUGGCCAGGGCUGGGCAUAUCUGGGGGGCCCUGUCUCACCUUCCACACAGAUAACAUCUAGGGCCUGGACCAGUCCCCAAACUGAGAGUGUAAAAGGACAGUCUGCCCAGCACUGAGAGGCAACCACCUCUGGGGCGGGGCAGCUAGGGAACAGCUGUGUAUAACGCAUCAUGGGGCAGCUUGCCCAGCACUGACAAUGCAGCAACCUCUGGGAUGGGACACCUGGGGAACAGCCACACAACAAAACUGUCAGCCAGUUUAGGAUAGAAAGUGAAGCAAACUCUUCCAUCUGAGUUAGUUAAAUCCAUAUAAUCUUUUCUUUGCACUAAGAGGUUGGAAUUAAACAGACAGCCCCCCUCC